GGUUGAGGGCCUUGCUGGGCCUUGAACUCCGAUCCUCCGAUCAACAACCCAGAGCAAAUAGUGGAUAGUAUAUAGAGCUAUAUAGUGGAUACAAACCAACCAUCCAAGACGGAGACAUGUGUCUGUUCGAUAUGGGUGGAGAAUAUUACUGCUACUCCUCCGACAUCACCUGCUCCUUCCCAGCCAAUGGCAAGUUUACUCCUGACCAGAAAGCUGUUUAUGAAGCUGUUCUGAAGUCCUCCCGCACCGUCAUGGCCGCCAUCAAACCAGGUGUGAAAUGGACCGACAUGCACCGCCUGGCUGACAGGGUUCACCUGGAGGAGCUGGUGAAGAUCGGCAUCCUGCACGGGAACGUGGACGACAUGCUGAAGGUCCACCUGGGUUCUGUGUCCAUGCCACUUGGACCACGUGGAGCUGCUCACCUUCGUCCCGCGCACCGUCCAGGAGAUCGAAGACUUCAUGGCAGACAGGAGCGAGAAAUCCUUCAGCAGCCUGAAAGAUUAAAGCGUCAUUACCAUCUUCUGCAGAAAUAUUCACAGUGCAGAUUAUUUACUCUGUUCGAUUCUCUAAAAGCAAUGCAUGUGUCUGCUUCUCGAAUCACGAGCUCUGGGAUUUUUAAACAGAUAAAUCAGUCAUUAACCUACAAUAAAGUGCCAGAGCAACUUACUUUGUACAAUUUUUCCGUACGAAGACGAUUCACCGAUGAUGAAGUUUAAACCAGUUUAUAUCCAUAAAAUAUCACAUGUACCUUCCUCAGAAGUGACAGUUACUAAUCAGUGUUGUACUGCAUGUCUAACCUCAGUUAUCGCAUGAAAUGAAUAAAGAUUUUUUUAGCAUCUUCA